AUAGUUGGGACAAAACCUUGUAUUUGCAGUUAUGCACAUGGUCUAGUCUAGUUACUGUGUUUUUGAACAGCUAUGUUAUAUGAUUCCUGUUUCCAACUAGAAAUGUGUCAUUUGUGUAAAUGGUACCAUUUAUGCACUGCUCAAAAAAAAUUAAGGGAACCCCUAAAUAUCCAGGUUAGAACCCUUCACAUAUAUAAUUUGCAUAAUGUUUUGAGAACAAAAUAAUGUGACAAUGGUCAAUGAAAGCCAAAAUCAUAAACCUAUAUGGGACCCACAUUUGUAAUCCCACAUGGGGCCCAUAUAUUUUGCCCUUUUUUAUCCUAUGCCCAUGUGGAGCCCAUGUCGCCCAGAUAUAACCCACAUGGGGCCCACAUACCAAUGUUGGCUGGGAAGAAUCGUGAUGAAAUCCUCAGCUCUAUUGUCAGAUCUUAUGCUGGUGCGGUGCAAGGUCCUCCCAGUGCAUAAUAAUGCACGGCCUCAUGUGACCAGUCUGUAGGCAGUUUCUGGAUGAUGAAUGCAUCGAUGCCAUUGACUGGCCCUCACGUUGCACAGACCUAAAUCCAGUUGAGAACCUCUUGGAUCUCAUGUAUCCGAAGCCGUCGAGUAGCACCAUAGACUGUCCAGGAGCUCACUUAUACUCUGAUCCAAGUCUGGGGGGAGACCCCCCAGGGCACCAUAUGGCAUCUCAUCAGGAGUAUGCCCAGCCAUUAUCAGGAGUUCAUACAGGCAAGUGGGGCCAUGCACAUUGCUGACUAACAUUGUGAGUUACUACAAUGAAAUUGAAACUAAUUGAAUCAGCCAGUAGUUGUCAUUUUUUAUAGUGAUUUCACUAUAAUUCCUGCCCUGAAUAGUUUGCCCUUAUGGGACCUUUAUGGGCUGCAUGUGGGCACACGGAUUUUAUGCUUAAAAUACAUAUUAUGCCUUUAAAUUCCUUUAAAUGCGUACAUUUGUAUGUGGGCCCCAUAUGGGUUUUAUCUGGGCGAUAUGGGCUCCACAUGGACAUAGGUUUAAGAUGGGCAAAACAUAUGGGCCCUGUGUGGGAUAACAAUAUGGGUCCCACAUAGCUUUUCCCAUACGAGACCUUCAUGUGCUCCAAGUGAGCAUAUGAUUUCAUGCUUAAAAUACAUUAUGCAUUUGAACUUUUUAAAGUUCUUAUAUUUGGUUGAUAAUCCUUUUAAACAUACAAAUAUCUCAGAUAUUUAGGCUGAUUUUGUUAUGUAUUUAAUGCAAAUGGAGUUUCUGGAAUAUUUUUGUUAAUUCAUUCAAUAGGCCUGUAUAAGUAUUUUCUUCCUUUCACUGUCCUAACUGUAUGAAAAUCAACCACGAUAGAUAAAUGCAGAAAUCCAGGUCAAUUUACAUUGAGUCUCACAAGCGACGUUCUUGCUCAAUGUGAUAGAUACUUUCGACUUCGUACUUAGCUGAGCAGACCGACCGGCUACGUCACACUACCGCGAGAUCGAUCAGGAAGCACUUGCCUAGAAACGAAGUCGCGGUAUCUUGAUGUCAUAACCCGAUUGCUUUGCGCAGGUGAUGCAUGGAGUCGAGCACACCCCUGACCUGACUUUGUUCCGCUUGACAAAGUAGUUUUCCUGAGUUUUGGUAGAUUUUUCUUAUAUCACAUAAUUAAAUAUUCUUUUGUUGAAAAUGUUUAAUGUUUAAAUGACAACUAUGAUUUAAAUCAAAUAAAUAAAUAAAUCAAACUACAGAGGAGUUUCUUUAUCGGCGGAAGGAUAUCUUUGGCAGAGCAGUGGCGCACUGGCAACUCCACCGAGCAGCAAGUUUAUCGAGACGGGACUGGAAAAAUAAAAAAUAAGAAGAACGGCUCCACUGGCAAGAGUUUGAAACAUCUAAGACGUGUGUUCUAAGCCCAAUGGAAAAUCCUGUCAGCCCUAGUCAGGUGCGCAUGGAGCGUGUGUCGUCUGGUGUUCUGAAGGACCUGUUUAACACUGGCACCAGUAGCUUCAAUGUACUGCUUCAGAAGGAGGCAGAGGAGGAGCAGAGGUCCCCCGAAAGAGCACAAAGAAUCUCCACGGCACCACGGCGUGUUAGACCCCGACCGACCCUUGCGCCUCUAGUGACGAGUGGGCUGGCCAUCGGUUGCAGAGAUACCAGACAUGCCCAGCUGGUUUUAUCCUGUUUCUCCACCAGCAGUACCAGUAAAAUAAACAGCAGAUUCACUGUGCUGGGAAGUGCUAUCCGCCUGUCCCCAUGCCCCAUUCCCAGACCCCAAAAUAGCACCCUGGCUUUUCGUAGCACAAAACUGACCCAUUUGUCCAGAGGAUGCCCUGCUGGUCAUGAUGGGGAGAACUCAAGCAAGAAGUUGUGCAUUCUUACCGCCAUAAAGCCAUCUAAUGUGGAGAAAGAGAGGGCCAGGUUUUUCAAAUCAGACUUUACCUACAACCCUCAAUUUGAAUACAGCAACCCUGUUCCUCCACAGAUUCUGUCAAAGCAUAGCAUAGCUUCUGACCGCUUUCUCCCACAAGCUGAGCGAAUCAUGGAGCUGGCCCUGCGGAAAUAUGGAUCCUAUGAGAAGUUUGAGCAAGCUACAGGAGGAAACCUCCUCACAAAGAGCCGCAUCUGGUACCAUGUUAAAAAGUACAUGGAGAAGGAAGGAUGUAUGGGAGAGAUUGUGGUUCAUCUUACUGAUGAUCUACUAUCCAGAGCAUCUAUGACUGUGGUGAAUGGCAGACCUACGCUCACUAUUAACAUCUCUGCUGCCAGAGAACAGUGGCUGCAGGGGAUGCUAAGGCAUGAAAUCAGUACACAUUACUUCAGAGGCAUCAACAACAGUCACCAGCCAUGGAGCAGCAGUGUAGGCAGAAAAAAACAUGGCCUGCGGCCCAUCAACCCCACUGAAGAGGGGCUGGCUAGCAUCCACAGCGUCCUCUUGCGCAAGGACCCCACCCUGUGGCGGGCUGCCCUGCUCUACUACACGGUAUACCAGGCCAGCCACAUGUCCUUCUCACAACUGUUUAAUGACCUGGGCCGAUUCGUCCACGACCCAAACACGAGGUGGGACUAUUGUGUAAGAGCCAAACGAGGACAGACAGACACAGCGCGGCCAGGUUGUUUCAGUAAGGACCAGGUUUAUCUGGAUGGUAUUCUGAAGAUCCUCAGACACAGAGACAAGAUUGACUUCCAGCUUCUCAUGGCUCUAGGAAAGGUGUCGUUUGAGGAUGUGGAGCGUUUGAAGGGUCUGGCUCUGAUGGAGCAUGUGCGCAUUCCUCAUUUCUUGCAGGACCGAAUGCGCUACUCAGAGCAGCUCCACAAAAUCAUGGAGGUCAACCAGCUAACCGAUCAGGAGUUGUGCACUCUUAUCUAAGCAUGUGACCUUUGACUUGCCUGCCUUUAUUGCAAAAGCAAAGUUGCCUAGAAAACUGUUCUAUAAUUUUAAUGCUUUUCUUAUCAUUUUCUCAUCCUUCUCCUCUUUCAUUUUCUCUCUUUCAGUUUCCCUUUCAUUGUGCCUGUCUAAAUCGUAUAUAAGUGCACUUCCACAUUUAAAACUAAAUUGCACCUUAAAUCCAAGCGUACUUUUCACUCUUUGCCAGUCCAAAUAAGAAAGGCAUGCCGUUCUAAAUUGAAUAAUUUAUGUUGUGUUGUUUAAUAUAAAACAGCUAGCAAAUAGAUUUCAGAAAUUUCGAGCAUUUUGAGUUUUUGGUCAGUACCAUGAAUGUGCCCCUUAAAGUCCAUUCUUAGGCCACUCACUGUUCUCACUUUCAACAGAAGAUAAAAUAUAAAGACUUUCCGUUCUACAAACACCUCUGUUUAAUUAUCAGGACGCUUUGAUUGGUGUUGAAUGCAGGUGCAAAAUCAACAUCACUAACUGAUUGCCAAACAUUUAUAUUGCAAAUUCCUUGAGCUGUGUAAUAAGCUGUUUUUUCCUGGAUUUUUAUGCCUUUUUAAAUAGUCAGAGUUAUAAAGCUGUAUGCAUAAAAAUUUAAGCACCUUGAUUGCAUGGAUUAAAUGCUAUGGGUGUCAAAUGUAAAAAAAUGGUCAUUUACAUUUAAAGAUCUCCAGGAUGCCAACACUGUCAGAAAAAUGUGAAAAAUUUGUACCUUUAGGGGUACAAUGGCUUGUCACUGGGGCAGUACCCUCAAAGGUACACCCAUUGUACCCUUUCACAUGGGUACAUUUCAGUACCCUGAAAGCAUGUACCUUUCAAAGACAAAUUUGUACCUUUGAUUACUAAAUUGUACCUUAUAUAGGGCUGUCACGAUUAUGAAAUUUGGCUGACGAUUAAUUGUCUAAUAAAUCAUUGCGAUUAUGAUGAUUAAUUGUCUGUUUUAGAGCUUUGACUUUUAAUUCUCACACAUUUUUUAUUCAGCUUUGAAACGACCAUAUUGUUCUGAAUAUAAAGACUAUGUUCUUUUUAUUGGAAAUACAUAGGAAAAAAUUGGGUCAUCAUACUUGAGGUUUAGGCUUUUACCUGUCAAUAAUACAUUCGCCAAAUACUUGUAAAUUAAGUAAAUUGAUCAGAUCAGGAGUGAAUUGAAGCCCCCAUUAAAAUGCUAUCAGUCAUAGAAAAGCUUCUAAUCUGUUUUUUUCUCACUUGCGAGACUACAAUAAAAGUUUACUUCUAUGUUAAUGAGAUUUUGGUAGACUGGUUUUCACACUGAAAUAAUAUUAAAUUGUACUGCAGGUUAUUUUUAUGGUAUAUGCUUUAGUUUUUUUUUAAGUGAUUGUGUUGUGGUGGUACAUUUUACAAGUAUUACCAUGCUUUAGUUACAAUAUAUACAGUACAAUAAAAUAUACAAUAUGCAGAUGCACUACAGCUCCCCCUAGUGUCUUCUAUAGAGAUGUGCAAUAAUUGCGAUGAUCUGAAACCAUCGCGAUGAGACGAUUAUUUAAUAAUCGUGACAGCCCUAACCUUAUACUGCUAUGGUACCAUAUUGUACCUUUUAAAAAGGUGUAAAUUUGUCCUUUUAAGGGUACUACCCCAGUGACAAGUCUUUUGUACCUUGUGAUGGCAAUUUUGCUCCAUACAGCACAUUGAAAAGACCAGAAUGUUGUUUAUUAUUCACAUUUAUUAAACAUUAAAAAAUAUUCCAAUCUCACAUUUUUUACAUCAAUAUUAAGCAUUUGUAUCCAAUGUGUCAUCACGGGAUGCAUACUGAGAAAUUUGAAAAACAGUUAACAUUUCAUACACUUAUGUUUUUUAAACAGCAAGAAUCAACAAAUAUUGAGCCUGUUUUUUUUUUUAAAUCAGCGCAUUCAAUUUUGUACCAUGUAAUAAAAACAUUACAUUAAAACAAUCCCUUUCUGAAUUACUAAGUAAUAGCACUUUUUCAAAAGAUAUCUUUUUCUACUCUUAAAACACUUUUAAACAUCAAAAAUGCUUUUCAACAACAUUAAACAUUUCAUUAACUUUAUAGCCUUAAAACAUGUAUCAUAACCACACAUUUCACCCAACAAAGUACUGCACAAUUAAUUUGAACUUCUUGAGUAUUACAAACUUAUCAGCAGAUUAAGUGUCAAGGGCCUGAAAGCCCAUCUCUUGCCCUGGUUUUAUAAAAGACUUAUUCAGGGUCAACUUUGUGUAUGUGUGAAAGUGUGAAUCAUACAUAACUGAUAUAAAAAAAUGACACACAAAAGCCAUACAGUAUUGACAUUUCAAUACUUUAAACAAAGGAAACAAAGGAAUUUUCGCUGCAUGGAUAGUCAACUAUGAAUACAUCCUCAAAUGUGUUCAGUAACAUCGAUAACAUCAGGAGGAACAACAAUUUUCCUGUUAACGACAGACAUGACGUUUGAAAGACAAUGUAAAAUAUGACUUACAGCUAUCCAGUCCUUCAGGUGAAAGUUUUUCUUCUGCACCUUGUGCAUCAAUAAAGUUGUGGUAUGUUCAGCACAGGAUAUUUAUCAUUUAGGUGAUAGUUAUUGGAAGGGGCUUGCCCUUCCUUUGAACAAGCUCAAGCAACUUUGGCACAAUAAAGGCCUCCCUGAAGCGCUGGAUUAAGAUGACUGUUGAUGCAUCCAUUCGGUCAACUUAAUCACACAACUGAAAAUUGACAGAAAAAGAAAGAUAAAUUAUUCACAUGCAUAAUAAUAAAUCAAAUAAGAAGUUUUAACAAUAGUUUUUGUUGCCACUUUCAUAGCCGUUUACAUGUAGUUAUAUUACAAAAAUGGAAUAAGGUAGAAUACACAUAUUUGUUCACCAAACGUUCAACGUUUAAAAAAAAUCACAAUGUCUUUACAAGAGUUACAAAUGCAAAUCUUUGUAGCGUCUUGUUUCAUAACAUCAUUUAUUUUAAGCUGAGAACUGAUAUCAAAUUUGUGAUAUCACUCACCCCUGAGGGUGUUUUUAGGAAAGGGUAUUUCUUUAAUAUAUCCUCCACAGUCAUUCCAUCUCUUAUCUCCCUUCUUCGCCAUGCAUUCGGUAUCUUUGACCACCAAGGUGUCUGGUCGCAUCUUGCUAUACUGGACUUGCAGGAUAUUGACAUGACGCUCAAUAGAGGAUGCAUCCUCAACAAGCAAUCUCCUGCUGAAAUAUAAAAUAUACAUAAUUAUCAUAAUAAUAGUAAUUAAACCUCAAAACACAAAUCAAUGAAAUGACAAAGGACAUUUUUUAUGAUUUUGACUGAAUAUUUUGUGAAGAUUUACUAUAUACAGUAAGAGUAUCUAGUGCAAUUUUAAAUUUGUUAGCUUGAUAUUAUCACUAAUAAUCAUGUCAAAUAAUAAUGUUUACAAUAUUGACAGCCCCAAAACACAGUAAAUGUUAACAGCUGAGAAGUCAGAUCUAUGCAUUUGGUCUUAAAGCAACAGCAACCUAAAAAGCCUGCUCCUCUUUUUAAUGUUAGAUUAAUAUUAAUGACACGCACUGCUCUUGGAUAAAUAUUUUUUGUAACUUUGAGGAUUAGAGAAGACUAUUGGGCUCUUGACUAAUACACCUGUUGAAUAACAUGAAUCCACUUACCUCUGAAUUGGAUCUGUGACAAGCUGCUGACUGUUCAGAGGGUAUCUGU